AUGCACGUCUAUGAUGGCAAAGGGAUCUUCCAAGUAAGCAAAGGAAAGGCAAAGGCUGUUCUGACCAUAUACCCCACAUCCUCCCAGAUAUUCAGUGGAGAGUCUGUCACUCUCAGAUGUAACAUACAAAGGGGAAAAGUCACUGACUGGAAAUACACAUGGAUCAAGGAUGAUGUAGACUCCUUCAGUAGGAAGAAUGAAUAUGAGAUCAGAGAGGUUAAGAUUUCAGACAGUGCUGACUACAGGUGUCUGGGUACACGUAUUACUAAUCAGAAGAAGCAUUCAGAGUGGAGUGAUAUAGUCAGACUGACAGUGACAGCUCUGCCUGAAACUACACUGACCGUAUAUCCAAACCCUGCAUACACUGGAGAGACAGUAACUCUGACGUGUUCAGUCGGGUCUGGCAGUGGCUGGAGCUAUACAUGGUACAAAGACAACACUAAGAAAGUAGUGACCUUGUCUGGCAGACACACUACAACAGGAGCCACCUUCACCAUCAGUAGAGCUGCUGAUUCUGACCAGGGUCUCUACUGGUGUCAGGGAGAGAUCCAGUUCAGAUCCAUAUCAUCAAUCAUCAGUGAUCCUGUCACUAUCACCGUGAAAGCCCUACCCAAAGCUACACUGACCAUAACACCAAACCCUGCAUACGCUGGCGAGACACUUACUCUGACGUGUUUAGUGGGGUCUGACAGUGGCUGGAGCUACACAUGGUACAAAGACAACACUAUUAAAGAAGUGACCUUGUCUGGCAGACACUCUACAACAGGCGUCACCUUCACCAUCAGUAGAGCUGCUGAGUCUGACCAGGGUCUCUACUGGUGUCAGGGAGAGAUCCAGUCCAGAUCCAUAUCAUCAAUCAUCAGUGAUCCUGUCACUAUCACUGUGGAAGAGAGACCUGUGGCUGUUCUGACCCUCCAACCCAUCUGGCCCCAGAUAUUCAGUGGCGAGACUGUCACUCUCAGUUGUGACAUUCAAGGGGGAGAAGAGAUUGAGUAUGCGUUUUAUAACAGUGGGAAGUCGGUCUACACGAAUACAGAGCCUGAGUACAGAAUCAGUCCUGCAAAGAAUGGUCUAUAUACCUGUGAAGGUCUUCAGAAAAGAAAUGGCUUAAAACACUCCCAGACCAGUAAUGCUAUACAAUUGACCGUGUUAGAUCAACCCCAAGCUCUCCUGAGUGUCUCUCCUCAGUGGCUGAACCCUGGAGACUCAAUUACUCUGAGCUGUGGGGUUAAAGAGUCAUCUACAGGCUGGAGGUUCUUCUGGUACCGAACUGUUCUCUACACAGCUGGGUUACUCUCUCUAUCGGACACGUCCUACUCUGUAGAGCCUCUAUCUGGCAAUGGGACUAGUGAAGACUCCUACACUCUGAUCCCUGCUGGUCCUAGUCACACAGGAGGAUAUGUGUGUAGAGCUGGGAGAGGAGACCCGGUCUAUGACACACUCUACAGUGAACCUCAGUUUGUCUGGUCAGGAGAUCCGCAACCUUCAGUGUCUCUCAAAAUAAGACCUAACAGAACUCAACACUUUAGAUCAAAGUCUCUCUCACUAAGCUGUGAGGAGAAGAGGAACUCUACUGGAUGGAGACUGAAGAGAUACAGAGAGAAAGCAGUGGAGUCAGGGUGUGUCUCUAACUGGGGAUCAAAAGCAGGGUCCACAUGUACCAUAAAAUCCACACAUAAAAAGGACAGUGGAGUGUACUGGUGUGAGUCUGGAUCAGGAGAGUACAGUAAUGCUGUCAACAUCACAGUGUCUGAUGGCAGUCUGAUCUUGGAGAGCCCUGCCUAUCCCAUGACUGAGGGAGACUCUGUGACUCUACGCUGUACAAAUAGAUAUCAGGAAACAAACCCAAUACCGAAGGUUGAUUUCUACAAAGAUGGAGUACUCAUCAGGAAUGAGACGACAUUAGAGAUGACCAUCCCUGCAGUUUCCAAGUCAGAUGAAGGCUUCUAUAAGUGUAAAUUUAAUGAAGGAGAAUCACCAGAGAGCUGGGUGACAGUGAGAGGCGUAACUCCUGGACCCUCUACAUCAGUCCUAGUAGGAGUGGUUGUGGGCCUGGUUGUUGCUGGUGUUCUACUGGCCAUUCUCCUGGUACUGCUGUGUCGAUAUAAAAACGCCAAAGGUUCCUGUUGCAACAGGACUUUCUCGCCCCCCCAGCCACAGAGGACCAACCUGGACACCCAACAGGACCAAGGAUCUACCCAGGGCCAGGCUCCUGAUGGUUGGUAUACACGUCGGAAGCAUGGUCAGUCUCUUAGUCCACACCACUGUUACCCUCCCCUCUCUGUAAUUUCACACACUAACUUUUCACCAUUCACUUUGUAUACAACAUGUUACUGUACUUUAAGUCCCUAGACAAGCAUGAGGGAAAACCAACACAUUCAUCUUUCUAUCUGUUCUUUGAUCAACAGGUGGCGCUAACAUCUACGAUACAAUCACUCUCUCAGACAAUAAUGACAAUGGUAUUGUAUACUGUAUGUGAAGUUUAGCAUGAAUACAGUAUAGAGUUGUUGUUGCUGUUAUUCUUCAU